AUGUCUGCCACUUACAGCGGGUUUUCUUCGUCAAAAACAGAUGUCUCCCUCUUCUACCUCAAUUCAGAGGGGUCGCAUGUUUUCCUCCUUGUCUAUGUGGAUGACAUUAUUAUGAUGAGCAACAACACCUCUCUACUUGAUACUCUACUUGGUCGUCUUGCAACUGUGUUUAAAAUACAGGAUCUGGGCAAACCUGGCUUCUUCUUAGGGAUUGAAACCGUUGACACUACUAGUGGAAUGAUUCUGUCCCAACGGCGCUACAUGACUGAUUUGCUGACUAGGGCUGGGAUGGUGGACUGUAAACCCUUGACUACUCCUGCUUCAGUUACUCAAUCGGUAACUCCAUAUACGGAAUUGUUUAAUAAUCCGACGCAGUAUCGACGCAUCGUUGGGGCUCUUCAGUAUCUCACUAUCACACGGCCUGAUUUGUCUUUUUCAGUUAAUCGUCUGUGUCAAUUUAUGCACGCCCCUACUACUGAUCAUUGGGCAAUGGUUAAACGGGUUCUCCGGAAAAGCACGAGUGGAUAUGCUAUUUUUCUUGGGUCUAAUCUCAUCUCCUGGCUGUCCUGGAAACAGCGUACUGUGGCCCGCUCUUCGACAGAAACCGAGUAUAAAGCCCUCGCCGACGUUGCUGCAGAUGUUACUUGGGUUGUUUCAUUGUUACGUGAGUUGGGGCUGCACACUGGUCAACCGUCUACUCUGUGGUGUGAUAACUUGGGAGCUACGUACUUGUGCGCUAAUCCAGUAUUCCACGCCAGAACAAAGCAUGUGGAGAUUGACUAUCACUUCGUACGAGACAAGGUUGCAAUGGGGGACUUCAAGGUAAACUUUAUAUCAACCAAGGACCAGCUCGCUGACAUCUUCACCAAGCCGCUCCCAGGUCCAAGGUUCACUGCACUACGAGACAAGCUACAUGUUGUUUCUCACCAACCUUCCGCUUGA